AGAAUUGAGACAGAAUAUUACAUAUCAUAUCAUAUACAAAAAGGAAGAAGAAGAGAAAGAAAGGGAGAGAAAGGAUUUAAGCGAUGAGAUGAUGGACUUGACAGAGAUCGGAUUUGUAAACAUCUGCAGGAGUACU